AAAAAAGUUGAUCUCUUUGACAUGGGAAAAAUGAACACUAGCUCACCAGAGGCCAUAUGCUACGAAUAUAAAUACGUCCAUCAUAUCAAAAUAUCAUAUGCAUAACCGCAUAGAAUUCAAACUCAGUCACAAAUCAAUUAGACUAAUCAUGGAAGCAGAAAAUGUUGGAAAUGGCAUUAGGGUGUUGAUGUUUCCAUGGUUGGCUGUAGGGCAUAUCACCCCAUUCCUGGGGCUGGCCAAGAAAUUAUCCCAGAGAGGCUUUUGUAUCCAUCUUUGUUCCACCCCCAUCAACCUUAGUUUCUUCAAAAACAAGAUCCCCCAGAAAUACUCUUCGUCAAUCCAGUUACUGGAACUUCACUUGCCAGAAUUACCAGACCUCCCUCCUCACUACCACACUACCAAUGGCCUCCCACUCCAUCUCCACACCACCCUCCAUAAAGCCCUUGAAAUGGCUGAGCCCACAUUCUCCGACAUCGUGGGAACCAUGAAACCACACUUGCUGAUCUAUGAUUUUCUGCAGCCCUGGGCAGCAGCCAUAGCUAAGUCACAUAAUGUCCCGGCCGUCCAAUUCCCCACUUCAGGUUCCGCCAUGUUUUCCUACGCUUUCCACGCAUUUUUCCGGCAGAACGCCGAGUUUCCUUUUGCGGAACUCUCUCCAAGCAUCUACGACCAAGAGAGGUUAGAUAAGAUAUUAGCUGAACUGAGAAGCAGCAGAAAUGGCAGGGAGGAUAAGAACAUGAUUGUGAUAGGUACCUCCACAGAAAUAGAGGGGAAUAAGUAUUUGGAUUAUAUGAGUGAAUUAGCCGGGUGCAAGACUUUAACACUUGGUACGCUGGUUCAGGAGCAUGAUCAAAAUGAAGGGCGUUUUGAGCCGUUGAUGGAAUGGUUAGGAAAGAAAGAGGAGAAAUCGACGGUAUUUGUUUCCUUUGGGAGCGAGUAUUUUCUGUCAGAUCAUGAUAGGCAUGAGGUAGCCAUGGGGUUAGAGAAAAGUAGGGUGAACUUCAUUUGGGUACUCAGGUUUCCUAAAAAUGCAAGUGAAAUGACGGUAAAACCCCCUAAGAAUCUUCUUGAAACGGCACUGCCAGAGGGCUUUCUUGAGAGGGUUGGAGAUAGAGGGAGAGUGGUGGAAGGAUGGGCCCCACAAUUAAGAAUUUUAUCGCACCCUAGCAUUGGAGGGUUCGUGUGCCAUUGUGGGUGGAACUCUGUUAGUGAGAGUAUUGAAUGUGGUGUUCCAAUCAUAGCCAUGCCCAUGCAUCUUGACCAACCUAUAAAUGCUAAGUUGAUUGUGAAUAUUGGUGUUGGGGUUGAAGUUGUGAAGGACGAUACCGGGAAUUAUCACAGCGAAGACGUGGCUCGAGUUUGUGAUGAAGUUGUUCUUGGAAAGGGUUCAGAAAAUUUGCAGAGGAAUGUGAAAUUGAUGGGUGAAAAUGUAAGGAUUAAAAGCGCGAAAGAGAUUGGUGAAGUUUCUAUAUUGCUUGCACAACUUUGUUGUCCAUAAUAAUAAAACUAUCGUUUAUUGUGACAAUAAAAGUAACACGUUUUAUCAUCUAUUUUUGGUUUAAUUUUUUUCUUGAUUUGAAAUAUCAAACUUGUAUUACAUCUAUGUUCAAUUUUUGGUGAUUAAUAAAAUGUUGAAAUCUAAUUUUUAAAUAUUG